AUGGUGUCAGACUUGGUAUCUAUUGAGGUCAUUUACAGAAAUGACUGGAGGCAGCAGGUCUGGAGGCCAGUAACCAGUUUGUCUCAAGGACUGGCUGAACCAGAUGUGGUUUCUGACUCUGGCACAGAUUUCCCAGAGAAGUAUACAAAGAUCCAACGUCAAAGAACAUCCUCUCUCAAGAAAAUUUGUACGUAUCCCACGUUUGGCAGCAGUUCCGCCACAUUCCCAGACGCCGAUUUCCCGCGCGCGGGCGCAGUCGCGCGGCGCUCCCACACCACACCUUUCCCCCCGCCCCGCGCGCCGCUUCCCGGCAGGCCCCGCGGCGGGAGCGCCGGGCCGCAGCCUCGCGCGCCCGCUGCCCUCAGGCUCCGUCCCGCCCCGCGGCCCCGCUCCCGCCGCUCCGCCAUGCGACACAGCCUCACGCAGCUGCUGGCGGCCUCGGCCGGCGGGGCCAGCCCUUCGGGUGCCGUCUGGCCGCUGGCCGGAGCGGGGCAGGCCCCGAGAGGGCGGGAUGGCGGCGGGGAAGGCGACCCGGGCCCCGCGCGGCCCAAACCGCAGCCGCCGCCGCGGCGGGAGCCUCCGGGCGCCUCGGAGCCGCGGCGGCAGGAGAAGGAGGCCGAGGCGCCCGGAGGCCCGCUGGAGGUGUGGGAGCAGGAGGACUGGUUCCCGGGGCUGGAGCUGGGAGACCUGCUGGAGGCGGCCCGGCCGGACUGGGACCUGGACGCGGAGCUGAGCGGCUGCUUCUGUGGGGACCCGGAGCCGCUGCCCGCGCCGGGCCAGGGCCCGCGGCCGGCGGCGCCCGGGCGGAGGAGCGGCGGGGCCGGGAGUCGGCUGAAGGCGGCGGCGGCGGCGCGGUUGAACCGGCUGAAGAAGAAGCAGUAUGUGCUGGGGCUAGAGAGCCGCCUGCAGGGCCUGGCUGCCGAGAACCGGCAGCUGCGGGACCGCAACCGCGGCCUGAGCCGCCGCCUGCGAGAGCUGGAGCGGGAGAGCAGCUACCUGCGGGCUGUGCUGGCGAACCAGAGCGCGCUGGGGCAGCUCCUGAGCCGCCUGGCCGGGACCCGCGCCGGCGGGCUGCAGCUCAGCACCAGCCUCUUCAGGGACACUGGCAGCCCCCGCCGCCAGCAUCAGCACCUCCAGCCCGCCGGCGAGAGCAGCGACCACGACUACGCCCUGCCCAGCUCCAGGCCCCGCGGCCUGGAGGAGGCGGCGGUGGGGACUGAGACGGAGGAGGAGUGGGCGGCCCCUGGCGGGAUCUGCCUGCACGUGGACCGGGAUCAGGUGUCGGUGGAGUUCUGCUCCAUCUGUGCUCGGCGGGCAGCGGCCUCCUUCAAAAUUUUCUCUUUUAGGUGGUUGCCCUGCCAGGCUCCGUUGUGUAGGGGUUAAAGAACAGUCGUUUUCCACCUCGCAACCUGUGGAUUCAGCUGUGUUGGGGCAGAAGAGACGGGACCAGCUGCUGGCCACAUUUCCUGCUUUAUUUUAAAAGGUAAGUGGUUCUGUUGGUUAAAGUCUGAUGGCUUCCGGAGAUAUGACAAUUCACUGUCAUGUAAAAUGAGAAUCUCCAGUUGGGGUGAUUAAGGUAAGGCCAAGCUGUCUGGGUACAGACCAGCAUGGGAACACCAUGUGACACAGCAACACUUCGAAUCAAGGACAACUAAAUGAUCUCUACCUAACAACAACAGGGAGUCUGUAUUGCUGCUUCCCUGUACAGGUCAGGCUGCUGCUCCUAGUUAUAAAAAAUGUGUCAUGUUCCUGCUCUAAUGACCCAUUUUAUGGGAAAAGGUAGAUAAAGAUGAUGAAACUCCUUCAAUGUAUUUUUUAUCAGCAUUACAGCAUAAAUUUUAACCCCUUUCAAUUAAAGAUCUCAGUGCUGAAUUCUUAAUUCUCAUGAAUAAAUAUUUCCAUGUGCGUCUCAGGGGAUGCUAGAAUUUUACUGAAGUGACUGUUGACCAGUAACUGUAUAGCUUUUACAGUUACAGAAUCAUUUAGGUUUGGAAAAGAUCCCCAGGAUCAUCAAGCCCAACCUUUGACUCAUCACCAAUUCCUCGACUAGACCAUGGCACCAAAUGCCACAGCCAGUGGUUUCUUGAACACCUCCAGGGAUGCUGACUCCUGCGACCUCCUGCACAGUCAUUCCAAUGCUUAAUAAGCCUUUCCGGAAAGAAAUUCCUCCCGAAGUUCAACCUGAAACUCCCCUUGCACCAUUUGAGGCCAUUUCGUCUUGUCCUGUCAUUGUUGCCAGUGAGAAGAAGCCAACACCCACCUAUAGGAGUUAGGACUAUACAUCAGAUCGAGAGUAUUGCUUCUGUAGAGGAAUUCCUGAUUUAGCUCUCAGACUUCAGAAUACACUAAAGACACCAGGCAGUAGGAGAGCUGCAAUUUAAAUUGCUCUGGAAGAUAGAGCCACCAAUGUGAAGACACAGCUGACUCUAAAGUGCAUUACUCAGGACCACUGAUCUUAGACAUAGCUGAGAUAUCCCAGUAACAGCACUGGCCCUCACAGGCCUCUUGACAUGGCCCCAUCCUUCAGGAAAACAAUUUCAGGGCAAAAUAAUUACAAGGCCAAAGGCUGGUUUUUUGAUAUGGUGGGAAGCGUGACACAACUAUCACUCCUGCUUGCUCUGUGAUAAAAGUAUUCUCUACAAUCUGACCUAUCUAACAGUGUAAAAGGGGUAAUUGUGUGACAGAAGUUUUGUGCUAAUAGAAUGGAGAAAAGGGAGAAAAAUACUCAGUUUUUGAGGAAUCUCUGGUAAAACCCUGCCUUGAUCUUCCCCCUUUUGUUGUUUUUUUUUUGUGAUUUGGGUUUUUAAAAUAAAUUUCUAUGGUUU